AUCGAACUACUCGUAGUAUUGUCUAUGGUAAAUUCCAGUAUCGCAAGAGCUCGUGAAAUAAGUCAAGGCGAAGAAGUUCAGUAGCAAGCCCGACAAGGCAAGAGUCACAAAAUCCACCUUCGUCAUCGUUCGCUUUCAGUCUUCGAGAAAUACACGGCCCUCUUCCAAACUUCCACUUCACCAACACAAGCAUACAAAUCCACCAUGCGUUUAAUCAAGCAAAGUAUUGAGAAGAAAGAUGGCUCGGGCAGUGCGACACUGCUCCCAGAAGAGCCCGAGGACAUGUGGCACGCAUACAAUCUGAUCAGACCGACCGACCUUCUUCGCGCCUCAGCCAUUCGCCGCGUAACCACCGAGUCCAUGACUGGUUCGAGUACCUCAAAGAGAGUGCAAACAACCCUUACUCUCCGUGUCACAUCCCUGGACUUCGACCCGCAAGCAGCCCAACUCCAUGUCAGCGGUACCGUCGCUGAAGAGAACGAGUGGGUCAAGCGCGGCUCAUACCACACCCUCGACCUCGAACUGCAACGCAACUUCACCCUCGAAAAGGCAGAUGGCUGGGACAGCAUUGCUCUUGAUAUCUUGAAAGAGUCCAUCGACCAAACACAAAAGGCUGAGCUAUGGGCCGUCGUCAUGCAAGAAGGCCUCGCCAACAUCUGUCUCGUCACAAAUCACCAGACCAUUUUGCGCCAGAGGAUCGAACUUGCCCUGCCCAAGAAGCGUCCCGGCAAGCCCAGUGCAGACCACGACAAGGCUAGCCAGCGCUUCUACUCCACCGUACUCGAGUCGCUUCUUCGACAACUCAACAUGGCCGACUUAAAACCACUACUGCUGGCAAGUCCUGGUUUCACCGCGACCGCCUUUCAACAAUACAUCAAAACUACCGCCUCCACGAAAGCCGACAAGAAUCUGUCAGCUCUUGUCUCAAAGGUCAUCGUCGCACAUUCCGCCAGCGGUCACCUGCACUCACUCGCAGAGGUUAUGGCUUCUCCUGCCGUGACAGCAAAGCUAAGCGAUACUCGAUUCGCAAAAGAGACGGCUCUCAUGGACAAGUUCUUCGACCUACUAAGAAAAGACGAUGGUCGCGCAUGGUACGGCCCGAAAGAGGUCGAGUCUGCUGUUGAAAAGGGCGCUGUGGGAAGAGGUGGUGGUGCAUUGCUCAUAUCCAACGCCCUUUUCAGAGCUCAAGAUGUCGCAGUCAGAAGACGGUGGGUAUCUCUGGUUGACAAGGUUAGCCAAGAACACGGAGGUGAUGUCAGAGUUUUGAGCAGUAUGCAUGAGAGCGGCAAGCGCUUGGAAGGUCUCGGUGGUGUGGCUGCUAUCCUCACCUUCCCCAUCGAUGACAUGGAUGAUGUUGAAGGUGGAGAAGACAUCGACAUAGAAGAGCCGGCUAAUGGAAUUGAAGGAAGACCGGGAAUGAAUGAGGAUAUCGAGAUUUAGAGCAUCAUGACAGAACGAAAUGACGAUGAGAUGAUAGACCAGAAAAAUACACUUGCAUGUCAGAUCCACGACUUCGCCUUGAAAGUGGGGAAAUCCUAUACAGCACAGCCCACCGUGGAGUUCUAGCAUCAUGCUUUUGGCCUGAGGAGGAUUCGAGCAUACUGCGCCUCGAUAUAUGAACUGCGCAUUUCUCAUGUUGAAAGAAGCAAGGAAGAAUCCACGUCCAGUUUGACUCGGCGUUUCCUCGAUGCAGCGCUAAAUCAAUGAAUCUUCCUUCAUGCUCUUGAUGGAGCAAAUCUCGCAGAAAAGUCGCGAUUUGGUCAAACUCGCGACCAACUAGACAGUUCGGCUGCAAAGCAAAUCAAAUCAUCCAAAGUACGGAUAUAUCACCAGAUAAUUAGGGUUGUUAAUCCUCGCGUGGCAGUCGAGCAGGGAG